AUGUGGGAAUUAUUAAGAGGACGUCCUCUGGACUUGAAGAACAAUCAAGAAUUCGAAUGGAUGGCUGCAAUAUAUUUCGAGCCUAUCUUCGCUCGUCGUGCAAUGCCUUGGUGGGACGAACCUCACCUCAAAGCGACGUUUGAUAUUUCCAUCAAACAUCAGCGUGAUCUCCACGCUAUUUCAAAUAUGCCUGCCAAGUCUUCAAUGAGCGAUGAGACUGAUUCAACUCAAUUUAUAACAACUUUCGAGACUAUGCCAAAGAUGUCUACUUAUUUAGUUGGUUUCGUUGUCACAAAUCAUACAUCAUUAUCUGAUGAAACAGGAUUUUUCAAAGUAUGGGCAACAUCAGAUAUUCUUCUGCGUGGUGGAUAUUUUUUGAACAUUGUCGAAAAAAUAUUGAAAGAAAUGGAAACAUAUACUGGAAUAUCUUACGCAUCCCAUGGUAUGAAAAAAAUGGAAAUGGUUAUCUCGCUGCCCUCAGAAACCAGGGAGCAACUUCCUUUGAAAGAUGAACUUCUAGCAAGGCAAACCCAUCAGUUUUUGCAUGAAAUAGUUCAUCAAUGGUUCGGUAAUUUAGUCAGUCCAAAGUGGUGGCAAUCCGUAUAGUUGAACGAAGGUUUUGUGGCAUAUUUCCAAUACGCAUUGACGGAUAAGGUAAUGAUCUCGACAUACUUUCCGAAUGAUAUUUUAAGAUUGAAGGAAGAACAGUUAAUAGAUAUCCUCCAAUAUCAAGCUUUCUCAACUGAUAGUAUCAGUGAAGCUGUAUUGAUGAAUCAUGAUAUAUAAAACUACAGUAAUAUAUCAGCUAAAUUUAGCCAUAUAACAUAUAGGAAAGGUAGUUCUAUCAUCCGUAUGAUUAAUCAUGUUCUUGGAGAAGACAAAUUUCAGACUGCUAUGAGGAGAUAUUUGGAUAAAAUGAAGUUUCUAGCAGUGACUCCCGAUGAUCUAUUUGAGGAACACAUCUAAGAAUUUCCAGAAGUAACGGGAUUAAAUGUAGAACCAACAGAUAUUUUGAAUAAUUGGGUAAAUACACCCGCUUUCCCAGUGGUUAACAUCAUAAGAGAUUACGAAAAGAAUACAGUGUCCAUCACUUAAGAACGUU